AUGCAUAUAUGUCCGUUACGUCCACAAUAUAUGUUCAAAAUAUUGAUAAAAUAUGUAAAAUGUUUGCAUAUUGAACUUGAAAUUAAAACACUCAUUUAUCGUUUAUCUAGUCGUCUAUUUAUUUGUCUAUUACUCUGGUUUUUGUUUGCGUUUUUACAUUUAAAAUAUUAUCGUUACACAUGGUAUUAUAAAUAUCGAACAAAUGAAACUGAAUUACAUACGCAAAUGAAAUCACAAUUAAAGUUAGCUCAAAUUUUUUGGGAUAAAUUAAUUGAAAAAUAUUCUCGAAAUGAUACAUAUUAUAAAAGAAAAUCAAAUAUUAAAUUUGAUAUAUGUACAGUAUUAAUUACUUCACCUCGUCUAGAACAUCCAACACUUCAUCAGACAAUUGCAUCAUUAGUCAGUUCGAUGAACGAAGUUGAUAGACAAACAAGAGAGAUUAUAGUUUAUAAUACGGCACGACCAUCAUCUAUACAUAAAUAUGCUCAACAAUUAUCAAAUACGCAUAUUCCUUAUUUUAAUGUUUUUAAUUAUUCACAAUUAAAUUCAACACUAAUCGAAAAAUGGUAUUCUAAUAAAAAUACAUUACACUUAUCUGAACAUGAUGAAUGGAUUAGAACGGAAAAUUUAGACUAUUUAACAUCGUUAUUUAUUUGUAAUUCUCAAUAUAAAUAUGUACUUAUAUUACAGGAUGAUUUAAUAUUUCGUCAAAAUUUUUUUACCCAUUUGACUUUAGGAUUGAAUAGUUUAAAAAAUACGAAUAAUUGUGCGUGGAUAAAAUUGUUUGUAAGCGAUUUUUGGGAUGGAUGGGAAGAUAAAGAUUUGAACAAAGUUAUCGGUAUAUCGAUGUUUCUAGCGUUUAUUAUUAUGUUGAUUGAUCAAAGAAAGAAGUUGCGGAACAGUCAUUGCAUGUAAGUUUCAUAUAUCUCCUCGAAAAAUGAUACGAGCUAUUUUGUAUUUAGUAACUACUAUCCAUCCCAAAAUACAGUGCGGGUGGGCAUUUUUUGAAUAACUUUUGAUAGGAAUGAGAUAGACACCUGUGAUUUUCGCUGUUCAAUAGUCAAGACUUGAGCAGAACUUUUCACAAGCGGAAACAACUUUUUAGAGAUCGGAUUUCUAGAGAAUCUUUGGAAAACCAGCUCCGUUCUCAGAAAACUAACAUACAAUGUUAGUAAUUUUUUUACAUGCGUAGAUAAUCCGGACGUUACUCUACAAAAUUAUGCAAGUCCCAGCUCUCUAGCUAUCGUUGUUCGGGCAGGGCUCGCUUUCCCCGAGCACGUGUCUAUCUCCGAGCAGACAUAUCUGGAAAUCUCAAAAUGCCAUGGACUAUAGGUAAUCGACUACGCUAAGCAUAGUAGAAACAUUUGUUUUUGUGUAGAAAUGAAUAUAACUUGGCCAGAGGCAUUGUUGUCAAAAACCGAUUUUUCGCCUGUUACUAGCAAAAAUUAAAAGUCUUAUAUCUCGAUCAAAUCUCAUGCUGACUCAAGGAAAUUUUCAGAAAGCGCUCAGGACCGCUCAUAAAGCAUAAUCGAAGACGAAAAAGGUGAAUGUGAGCUGGGCAUUGGCUUAAGGUUUUCCAGAAACCUUCUGAAAAACCUUAGAGCAUCAGUGUUCUGCUGGAUCACUUUUUCGGCGUGGUCAACAACAUAUGGCACC